GCGAGGCUGACUCCCGACGUCGGCUGACCGUCGCGUCGGCUGACCGUCGCAGCGAAUGUCGGCAGUGUCGCAGUUCAUGGCGGAGCGUCCAGUCAGCGGGGGCGGUGGCGUUCCGGGCGUGCCGCCGUUCCCCGUGCCUCCGUUCGUCAUCCCCAACGAGGAGCACGGCGGCGAGCACACCUACGUCGGCAAGCGGAAGCAGCUGUACUGCCGGCACGGCGUGAACCUGGCCGUCCUGCCCGGCGGCCAGGUGGCCGGCACGCAGGAGCCGUUCAACAAGUACGCCGUGCUGGAGGUGACUGCCGUCGAUUUGCAAGAGGUGCGAAUGCGGGCUGUGGAGACCGGACUAUACGUGGCCAUGGACGGCAGAGGGCGCCUCUACGGAGAGCGUGACGCCGACCAGAUUGGCUGCAUCUUCGUCGAGCAGCUGGAUGGCGGCUACCUGACCUACCUCAGCAAGAAGAACGCCCACUGGGGCUGGUACCUGGGCUUGAAGCGCAGCGGCCGGCCGAAGCCGGGGCCGCGGACGCGCUGGGGUCAGAAGGCCGUACAGUUCCUCUCCCGGCGAGCCACCCGGCCCGUGUAACGCCUCGCGGCGCGCAGGCGCGUCCAGGACAACGGUAUGGGGUGACGCGUGCUCACCGGGAAUGUCUCAGUGGUGGCCUCUGGAAGCGUCACGCCGCGUGGCAUGCUGCAGGCGUCCACCAGCGUGACCUUGCAGUUGAGUGCAUCGCCGUCCAGCCUGCCUUGCCUGCGUGCCUGAGUGCGCCCCUGGCACACGCCGGAGACGGUACGCGUUGGAUCUGCUGUUCCCGGUGCGCCACUGGCCUUGGCGAGUGUGGGUGGGACCUGCCGCACAUGAGCGCGCCGCCGCACGGGUGCCGCACCUGACGGGACGGUCGAGGUCACGGGGCGUCGCCCACUGCCGGCGAGACGACCGUCGAGACCUUGCUCCACUGAAGACGGGAUGUGUAGCGGCGGCUUCCGGUCCGCUGUGGUCUGCGACCUGGCCCAGACGUACACGGAGACGGAAGUGCGAGCGGCCAGCUGUAGACCUCACUGCCAGUGACCUGCUGACGCACUUAGCGGCUGGGCACGACCCGGGCACGAAAUCUCGGCGCUCUCGACCUGGCUGCACCUGACAGCAGAGUCUCAACACCUGAAGGCUCUCCGUCCGUCACAUGAUGUCAGUAUACCCUUGUGUCGUGUUUCUGUGUCGUUGACCUGGUAAAGAGGUCUUGGCGUCUGCCAACUACCCUUCAUGACCUAGUAACGAGGUCAUCGUCAUCGCCAUCGUCAUCGCUGUCGACCGUGUAACUGACGCGACAGAGUGUCCAGGCUUGUGUCAGCGCCGUCUUCAACGUUUCGCACCGUCCACUGGGCGAAAUUGUUCGGCAGUUUUAAUCCCAGGAUGUUCCAGAGGCAGGCGCGUGGUCCGAACACACGUUGCACUGCCGCGCGUGUCACGGCGUCAUGGAAUGGGCCGGCUGGCGAGAAAGCGUGCUCCAGGGCCUCGGAACUCGGGGCCGGCCGACGAGAGAGCGUGCUCCAGGGCCUCGGAACGCGGGGCUGGCCAGCGAGAGAGCGUGCUCCAGGGCCUCGGAACGCGGGGCUGGCCAGCGAGAGAGCGUGUUCCAAGGUCUCGGAAUUCGGGGCCGGUCGGCGAGAGAACGUGCUCCAAGACCUUGGAAAGCGUGCCAUGCAGUAUUAAUGUCUGGGGUCUGAGCGGGUCUUGGUUCUUGCGUCUGUUGGAGCGUACAGUAUUCUUUGCAACGAGCAAGAGGUGAUCGUGAAUCUAUAUCGAUGUUUUCAACUCUGACAACGCUGCCUAUGUUAAGCAGAACGUCCUUGGUCAUGACGCUGAAGGUGCCUCUCUAGCUCUCUAUUGGUGCCUUCACCAUGCGUUUCAAACCUUAUGGGAAGAUUCCUAGCUUUGACUGACCCAAAAGCAGGGGAAACAGUCCGUCAGCAUUGCUGUGCGGCGACUGACACCCAGUGGCCGAGGUCCUCGAUGUCGAACAUCGCCUCACCGCACGAACCUGCCACCGAAAUAUGUGCUUUACGUUUCUGAUACCAGGGCAUCGUGGUGAACCAUGCCGAUGUACGCUCAUUUCUUUCAGCCCGCCUGCAGUGUCACGCCACUCGGGAAAUGGCGGCUCGGCUUUCUGCCACAAGCCCUCAUGUCUCUGUACGUUUGUGGACCAACAGAUGUAGCCCCGGCGUUGUGGGUUAAAGCUGCGGGUUGUUUUGCCGCGUUGUGGGUCCUAGCCAUUGAGGCUCCUCACUGCACCCGCUUCGUAGCGUACCAUUCGACUCGUCCGCUGUAAUAUGAUGUCAUUCUUUAACCCUCGGCUCGUGUCGUGGCGCUGUGGUCAAUAAGCGGCGAGGUGCCAGCGCACUGUUUCUCUAAUAAAAC